GAACCUCUCUGUAUUACUACUACUUGGUAAACCAUUUAUAUUGUCUUAGUAUCUCUCUCACUCGUUCUGCGAUAUUGUUUUGGAGAGAAGGGCUAUGGCUUCUGCCAUGAAAAUCGUGUUCGCUCUCCUAACCUUUGUUACAGUUGGAAUGAUCAUAGGUGCAAUGUUUCAGUUAGCAUUUAUACACAAGUUGGAAGAUUCAUAUGGCACCGAGUUUCCAUCAUUUAGAAGACUCCGCAAAAUUCAAAAUGAUGGCUAUCUUAAGUUACCCAGAGGCAUUAUUCAUUGGGAUAAUGACGAAGAAGCAGAAAUUUUACGUCUUGGAUAUGUCAAACCUGAAGUAAUUAGCUGGUCGCCACGAAUCAUUGUAUUGCACAACUUUUUGAGCACGGAGGAAUGUGACUACCUUAGAGCCAUAGCUCUCCCUCGCCUUCAAACUUCCACUGUGGUAGAUGCAAAAACAGGGAAGGGAAUAAAGAGUAAUGUAAGGACAAGCUCUGGUAUGUUUCUGAGUCUUGAAGAGAGAAAAUAUCCUAUGGUACAGGCAAUUGAAAAAAGGAUAUCUGUGUAUUCUCAAGUUCCAGUAGAGAAUGGGGAGCUCAUCCAAGUUUUAAGGUAUGAAAAGCAUCAGUUUUACAAGCCCCAUCAUGACUACUUUUCUGACGCGUUUAACUUGAAGCGAGGUGGUCAGCGUGUAGCAACCAUACUGAUGUACUUGAGUGAUGAUGUUGAAGGGGGAGAAACAUAUUUUCCUAUGGCUGGUACAGGCGAAUGCAGCUGUGGUGGGAAGGUUGUGAAAGGAUUGUCUGUAAAGCCAAUUAAAGGAGAUGCAGUGCUUUUCUGGAGCAUGGGACUAGAUGGACAGUCGGAUCCGAACAGCUUACAUGGAGGAUGUGAGGUUCUGGCAGGCGAAAAGUGGUCUGCUACAAAAUGGAUGAGGCAAAGACCUUCAUCUUAAGUAACUUACUUCACCUUGAAGACUAUGGAAAAGGUGCUUCCUUUAUAGCAAUCACCUGAUAUACAAACAUCUAGAUACAAAAAGAUUAGAGAAUGUGAACUAGUACUAAUUUGAAAUAAAUUAGUUACGAAAUAGAAGAUUAGUUUUAGUUUCUAAAUCCCAAUUCAGUUUUUUAGUUUAUGAAAAUAGAGUCAAUCAAAAUCCUAGGGAAGAAUUGUCCUGGAACAAAGAUUUCUCUGUCACUCCAGUUCUUGUCUCUCUUUUUUUUUCUUAUGGUUGGCUGCUGAAAGUUCAUAUCAA